UUUGAGCCGUUGUUGUUCUGACUGUUGGAGCAUUGGUUCUCUAGUUCAGAGGGGAGGGAGUUAUGGGGGUUCCUGUUGUGUCUGCUUCCCUUAUGGUCCAGGUGGUCUAGACGCUGGUGGUCCAGGAGGGCUGGACGCUGGACUGGUCGGGUCGACCUGACUUUGACAGUGCAUUGUGCGGCCCAUUGUUCAGUGUGUUCUGUGGUGAGGCCAGAGGAGUGUUUUUCUUGACUGAAGUUCCUGUCGGUAGCUUAAACUCGUCUGAGGACAUUCCGGUCAUGCCUGCGUAGCAGCGUGUCUCUGCAGGUGACUGGGUGAACCGUGACACACAACGAAGAGGAAGCUCUACCACGGGAAGGGAAGUCAACCUCUCAGCUGUGACAUAUGAGCUUAGUGGCCCGUCCUAUAGGUUACCCUCCGACCGGCUCCGGGGUGAGAGGGACAGCAGCCGUGGCCAAUGGGAAGUUAAUGUUUUCUGGAGUAGGAAAGAGGCCACAGACAGCGGUAAAGGGCGGGGCCGACUGGGAGAUUGUCAAGGUUCUGCCGGUGAAACCGUCCUGGGCAACAAGGGUGCAUAGCCUUCGUGGGAUGGGCUAGACGGGUAGGCUGCUUGGAUAACAUGAGGAUGAGGUAAUCUCCUCCAUACAAGAAAGAUGGAGGACAACAACAUCUCUCCUGCUGCUAGAGGGAUGUUGACUUGACAAACCUGAUGAUAUUGCAGCGGACCAGAAGUCUGUGGUUGUUUACCACACAAAGGCCCCGCCCCUCGGUCUCCAGGUGUGUUUCUGGGUGUUUCCAUGCGGUCGGGACCCCGCCCAGAUACCUGUUCACCAAGAUAUUCCCCCGUCCAACCAGCUUCUCUCCUGCACCCUGCCUUAUGUUCAGCUAAGCUCAGUUCAUUUCACCGAAGCAGCGGAACGUAGAGCAGCUAUUGGCGAGCAUUUGCCAUGACCGUGGACCUUUCCUGAGAGCUUCCUGAUUUGCUAGAUUUUCUCGUCCAAUCGCAUCCAUGGACCCCCAGGUCUGCCCACCUCCUCUGAACAGUAGCCAAUCGGUGAUCAGUGGUUUCGAGAAAUCUCCAAUCAGCGGGUUCAAACCCAGCCACUCUCGUAACGGCAGCACCAGCUCCUCCAGACACACCAAGCAGACUCGUGACUGGGAGGUGUUGGAUGAUCUUCAGCAGACCACCAUGUCGGUGGCUGCCGGCUCCUCUCUGGACCUCAGCAUCCCUGGGAUCUGUGAGGGAUACCUGAUGAAGGGACGGAAGUACCCUCUGAAGGGCUGGCACAAGAGGUACUUCCUGUUGGAAAAAGGAAUCCUCAAGUAUGCCAAGACUCAUCAGGACAUCCAGAGAGGGAAGCUCCACGGUUCCCUGGACGUCAGCCGUGCCGUCCUGUCCGUCAACAAGAAGUCGAAACGCCUCGACCUGGACGCCGGCGACGACCUUUACCACAUGAAGGCCAAGAGCCACGAGCUCUUCUACAUCUGGCUGACCAAGCUGUGCGCUCACCGCAUCUUCAAGAAGAACGAGGCCAUGAGCGUCCACCGCGGGGUCCUGCACGCCCUCUCCCAAGGCCAGGGGAACCUGCCCUCCAUGGCCAGCCUGGCUCACAGGAACGCGCAGUACCCCAGCUCUGUGUCGGCCUUCCAAGCCGCCCCGGGGGAGGACGGGACCCCCGGGGACCGAGGGACCCCUACUGAGCCCUCCCACCGCGGGGUCAACCACAAGGUCUCGGCCUGGCUCCAGCAGACCGACGACACGGACGCCACCUCCCAGGAGCUGGCGCGGUGCCAGCUGGAGCUGGUGGAGAUGGAGGCUUUGGUCCAGCGACUCCAUUGGCUGGAGGGAGGCCCUAACCCUAACCCAAUCACAGACACUGACCUGGAGCAGCGAAUAAGCAUGCAGAACCUAUCCCUGGAGAAACCCAAGAAGAAGACGGGCAAGGUGUUCGGCCACUCCAGGACCCUGUCCCGCGUGGAGGCCAUGGGCGGCAUGUUCACCUCCAGCCACCUGAGCAGCAACAACUCGGUCAGCCAGCGCCACCUUGGGGCGUCACUGCAGUCCAUCCCCGACUACGUGUACACCCAGCUGUCCAACCCCCAGGUCACCUCCCCCGAGGCCAAGAAGAUCCAGCAGGACAUCUGCGUGGCGUCCCAACGAGUGCAUGCGUCUCUGAAGUCGGUCCAUGAGGUGUUGACGUUGGAGAGGGAGAGACUUAGAAAUGCCUGGAACGCCCCCGACCUCAAACAAAACACUAGCCACCAACUAGCCACCCUUUGUAGCACGCUGUCGGAGCUCGAUGUGCAGUCUCGCUUGACCAAAGUUCACUCGCUCUCGCUCUCCUCCUCCGACUCCACCGAGGAGUCCUUCUGCACCGUCCGGCCCGACCAGCGGACCCCGUCCCGUCGGCGCCCCCCCUCGGUGGCGGACUCCAUGGCGGAGUACUUCGACGCCAGCGAGGUCAUCCUGUGCGACAGCUCGUCGGAGGCGGAGGCGUCGGACGAGUCGGGGCUGAGCGACAUCACCACCACCAGCACCUCGGAGCCCGACGAGGGCCACGCCUCCGCCACGGUGAAGUACCGCGCCAGCGUCUCCAGCGCGCCGGACAAGCCCCGCCUCCUCACCGACAGCGGACGCCGUAAGAUCCUUCCCGCCUCCUGCACUGACAACGGCCACAUCGGAAUCAUGACCAUCCUAUACAACAACAUCGGGAAGGACCUGUCCCGCGUGUCGAUGCCGGCGGCGCUCAACGAGCCGCUCAGCCUCCUACAGCGACUCAGCGAGGAGCUGGAGUAUAGCGCGCUGCUGGACACGGCCAACAGCACCGACGACCCCUACCAGCGCAUGGUGUACCUGGCAACGUUCUCCAUCUCCGGCUACGCCUGGGCCUCCUGGAGGAGCCGCUACAAGCCCUUCAACCCUGUCCUGGGGGAGACGUACGAGAACAACCGGCCAGACCGCGGCUUCAGAUAUGUCGGCGAGCAGGUCAGUCAUCACCCUCCAGUCUCCGCCUGCCACGCCGACUCUGAGAACUUCUCCUUCUGGCAAGAUCAGAGAUGGAAGUACAAGUUCUGGGGGAAGUCUGCUGAGAUCAUCUCCUCAGGCCAGGUCAACGUGUCUCUGCCCAGGUACGGGGACCACUAUGAGUGGAACAAGGCAGUGACCUGUAUCCACAACGUGCUGAGCCCCCAGCGCUGGCUGGAGCACUACGGAGACGUGGUGAUCAAGAACACCCAGAGCGACGUCUGCACCGCCAAGAUCACCUUCGUCAAGUCGCGCUACUGGAGCUCUGACAGCAGUAAGAACGAGGUGCAGGGAGUGGUGCUGGACCGCGCCGGGGAGGUGGUGCAUCGCUUCGGGGGGCUCUGGCACGAGGGCAUCUUCUGCGACACCUUCCCCACCCCACAAUGCAUCUGGAAGCCCACCGUGCAGCUCGACGACCACGUCAAGUUUUACGGGUUCUCGCAAUACGCCCGCGAGCUCAACGAGUUGACCCCCGACCUGGAAGGGCUCCUGCCCCCCACGGACUCGCGCUACCGACCCGACCAGCGGCUGCUGGAGGAGGGCGACGUGGCGGCGGUGGACGUGCGUAAGGACGAGGUGGAGGAGAAGCAGCGUGAGCGCAGGAAGGAGCUGGUGAAGCAGGGGGAGGAGCACAUGCCGCGCUUCUUCAGGCGGACGGUGGACGAGGCCGGGCGCGAGGUGUGGAUUCACAACGGAACCUACUGGAACCUCCGCAGCAAGCCGGGCUUCGACAACACGCCCAACCCGGACCUCUGGUAGAACCCGGAGAACGGUUGGCAGGCUUCCCCGGGGCGCUUUCGGGGUCCAUUUUGUAUAAAUGGGGUUUUACUAGAGACUCCCUCAGACCACUGCCAGGGGUCGUAGGUCAGACUCCAGCCCGGAGGUCUGAGCAGAGGUGUGUUCCACACCAUGAACUCUGAGCUCCACCCGAAGAAGUGUGGUGUUCAGGUGUUUCCUCGGCGUGAUAACGUGUAUCUUAUCUUUCGUCUCAAAUGUAUUUCUAGUGUUUCUGGGUAGAGCGGGACGGGCUCUAUCUGAGGGGCUGUACUAUAGGGUUUCGUGGGUGCUGUCCUGCAGGGUUUGGUGGGUCUUGCGGUGUGUUUGAGUCCCUAGGGGGGGGGGGGGGUUCCAGGGGGGAGGAGGUGAUGGGUCCAUGACGACCUCCUGUUGGGGUCUGAGUAGUCUGGAUGCCCCCCUGCUGGGAGCCCGGGGUCUACUCAUGUUUCAUACUGAAAAGAGACUCUAGGAUGUACUGUAAUGUUGUUUUCAAAUAAACUGAGAAAUCUACACUCUGCUUCUUUACCCUGUGUCAGGAUGGACAGUGGUAUUACACUUGUGCAGUGAUACUACAGUGAUUGUACACUAGGGCAGUGGAAGAACCUUAUGCCCCUUUUCCACCGGCGGGUACGCUUCGGACCCAGCACGCCUCAGCCCAGUAGUGAGGGCGCGGUAAAGCCCAGCUCAGUUACGGCUCGUAACUGAGCCAAAGGAAAAAAAUUUAGGCGGGUAACUCCGUCAGCAUCCCAGUGGUGAAAAAAAACAUUGCACUGGUCCGUGGACCUCUGGGAGUGAGGUCUAAAUCACAAAACUGAGGUUCAUCCUUUCAAAGUAAUGUACAGUCGGAUUACAACUAACAAAUAAUAGGAUUGAAUUGAAAGCUAGAGAGAGUCGACUUUUCUCUUUAUAUUUAUUUAUUUUUGUUUAAAUUAAUAUUGAUAUAAUAAAAAAAAAAACAUACUGGCAGUGGCAAUGAUGGAAAAGUAUAACAAAAUGGGGAACUACUUCACGUGAAAAAUGAAGGAGGGAACAGAAAUUGUUUGUUUUGCAAAAAUCGUCUGCAUUUUAUUUUCUUGCGGUGUAUAUUGUGUGCUUAAUAACCAUCAAUAUAUGAUUUAAUUUCGAUUCAAAUAAUGUUUCUUGGAAUUGGUAUCCAUUAUUAAAUUUAUUUUCGGCUCUUCUCUUCAAACAAACCAAUAAAAAAUAAAGAAAAGACUAAUAUUAUGUCUCCUCCAUUUCGGACACUUUGCGCUUCCUCGGGAUACCGAAGAUAGGUGGUAGAGUUCCUCUUGCCAUCUCUCUGCCCUCCUCCUUGUAAUGA